UGCAGCCUGCUUGCCAAUCAGAGAGCGGCUGAGCGGCCGGACAGCCAACCCCGGAGGAGCGGCCGGCUGGCGGCCGCGGUACCCAGGAGUUGGGAUGUCCUACAAACCUAUCGCGCCCGCCCCCAGCAGUACCCCCGGCUCCAGUACCCCCGGGCCAGGCACUCCGGUCCCUACAGCCGGAAGUGUCCCAUCGCCGUCGGGCUCAGUGCCUGGAGCCGCAGCACCCUUCAGGCCACUGUUUAACGACUUUGGGCCGCCCUCCAUGGGGUAUGUACAGGCGAUGAAGCCGCCGGGUUCCCAGGGCUCUCAGAGCACCUACACGGACCUGCUGUCUGUCAUAGAGGAGAUGGGCAAAGAGAUCCGGCCCACCUAUGCUGGUAGCAAGAGCGCCAUGGAGCGCCUGAAGAGAGGCAUCAUCCAUGCCCGGGCGCUGGUCAGAGAGUGCUUGGCAGAGACAGAACGCAACGCCCGCACGUAACAGGAAGCACCUUGGCCUUUCCGUCGGGACCUUUCCGGCCACCGCAGAGCACCUGCUUCUCCUUGGCCUUCACCCCAAGUUGCUUCCUAUCCUGGGCUUCCUGUCCUGUGUCCCUCGGUGGGCGUCCUCCAGGAGCCAGGUAGCAGGUCUUCCUCCAGUUGGCUGUACAAGCGGGACUCCUCUGCACGAGUGGGCAGAGAGGCCACCGUGAGUCCCACCCCUGACCUGCUCACAGUGCUGAUCCAGCUGGAGCUUGCUUCUCUCCGUGGCCCCACCACAACGCACUUACUUCUUAAGUCUUAGUCCAGGCCUCCUUCCCCUCCAGCAGGAGUGCAGGUCUCCCUGCCUCGUCUCUGGGGCCACAGCCGACUUUUUUUUGGUGUGUCUUUUACUAAAUAUGCCCUUUUUAUAUAAAUAAAAGAUGAUUUGGAGUCA